AUGCCUGUCAGGCAGCUCGGCUAUGAGGUCUCUCUUUGGUCCGAUGGCGCUGAGAUUCCCGCAUACAAAGUCGAGAACGUGAACGACAAGACGGUUACUUGCUAUAUCCCAAGCGAGGCGGGAAAGGAGUUUACCGUGAAGUUCCGCAACGAGCCCGUAGUAGGGUACGGUGCCGCAUUCUACGUGCAUAUGGACGGGCGCGAGAUGCAAGGGCUAUCCGUAUAUCCGUACGAGUGUACGACGAUGAAGGGCGUGUACGAGACACUGAGCGCUAUACGGCCAUUUGAGUUCGCAAGGCUGAAACUCAAAGAGGAUGAUGAAGAAGGAGGCGAAUCCUCGACCUCGGUGGAUAUGGCGAAGCUUGGUCUGAUUGAAGUCCGCGUAUGCCGAGCGACGCUCACUCCGGACGAAUAUGGUUCGGGCGAGUACCGGCCGCGUAGCGUUCAAGCGGAGCUGGACGCUGUAUCAGAGAAGGCUAAGAAAGUCGGUUGGCACAGUGUAUCGCUUGGAAAGACGAAGGCCCUCGCAACCGCGGCUAAUGUCCCUCGUAUAACCUAUAUCGAUAACAAGGAUCAACCAUAUGCCAUCUUUCGCUUCCGAUAUCAACCUAGAGAAAUCCUUGAAGACCAGGGCAUCAUCCCGGCUCGGCCCCGCUCCUCGACGCUUUCACCAGGACCCUCCACAGGCAAACGCUCGCGUCAAGAUGACUCUUCAGAUCGUCCACACAAACGGCGAGCAUCAGUCAAGGCAGAGCCAGGGCCAAGUGCUCGUGUGAAGCGGGAGGCGGAGGUCGUCGAUCUGACAGGUCAGCGGGAGCCUUCGCCGAUACGCGUUCCGGAGGACGCCCAGGGAGAAGUUUUCGACCUCACGGACGACUGA